AACCAAAACCCAAAUAAAAUCCAACCAAUCACAGGAACAAAAACUCCCCUCCCUCUCUCUCUCUCUUUCUCUCCAUCAAACCUCCUUUCUUUCCUCCAAACAUGGCAGAACCUCUAAAUUUAGAGAAUCCCACCAUAACCAAACCCAAGAAAAUCCAACUCUCUUCCUCCACAUUUCUCUUCACUAUCUCACUCUCUCUAGUCUCUUUCUCUCUUCUCUACCUCUCCUGCAAAGACACCACCUUCUGGUUUCUCCUCUCCAACGCCAUCAUCUUCUUCAUCGCUGCCGACUCCAACGCCUUCUCUCCCUCCAAACCCAAACCCGAUCUCUACGAUGAGUACUUGAAACAUGCCCGCUCCCAAAACACGUUUUCUCAUUACACUCACUUGCAUCCCAUCCCCAAGUCUUCUUCAACCGAAAUUCCUCAAGAAAAGGAAAUUUCAGAAACUUUGAAAUACCCAAUUGAAAGUGUGAAUUUAGGAGAGAAUUACCACCGGAGCGAGUCAGAGAAAGCGAUCGUAGCGAUCAAAAGAAAGAAGAAGCAACCCCAUCAAUCUGAUAAAGCAAACAUGUAUUCUAAUUGCACCUACAAGUACACAGUCUCUGAGUCUUCGAAGAUUAUAAAUAUUCCUCAAGAAAAAAGAGAGUUGCAAGAUUUCGUCGAUCAACCAAGUCAAAAUGUACUGAAGUCACGAGAGAAGUAUUGCCGGAGCGAGUCGGAGAAGGCGAUUGUGUCCAUUGAAAGUGAGAAGAAGGCGCUCCGUCGAUCGGAGACAGGAAGUAGGGGACAAAGUUCUGAGAAGGAGGCUGAUUUCUCAGCCAUGUCGGAUGAAGAGCUGAACCUUCGAAUAGAGGAAUUCAUUAAGAGAUUCAAUAGGCAGAUUAGGCUUCAAGAAAUGAGAGAAAGAAAUGAAAAUCAAGAAAAUUGAAACCUUCUGCUUUUGAAUUUGGUUUCUCUUUUAAGAGCUUUCUUUCUUUUCUUUUCAUUGAGAUGUAACGGCCAAGAAACUCUCUCUCUGUCUUUUUUUUUU